AUGCCCAAUUCACUACAGAAUCUGCACACGGUAGAGGAGGACCAUGAGAAUGGCCUUGUAUUCGAGAAGAAUGUCGACAUUCCACUGAAAGCUUCAGACUUGCCAAUUCGAUGCAAUGUGUACCGACCACUUGAUUCAGGCCCGGAAAAGCAGUAUCCGGUACUCGUCACUUAUGGACCAUACGGCAAGGAUAUUUGGUACGGAGAGUACGUCAAGACCUUUGACCAUACAAUACUGGUAGCUCUGCAGCUAACAAGCCCGUCAAGUUUCCAUGCCAAAUCCUACAGUGAAGUGCUAGAUGAGCAAAAGUCUCGCUAUGCAGCAUGGGAAACACCAGAGCCAGUGUUUUGGACCCGAAACGGCUAUGCGGUUGUUCGUGCUGAUGAGCGAGGGCUGGGCCAGUCGCCUGGUCUUCUGGACACCAUGUCUCGAGGAACGAGCGAAUGUUUCAAUGACGUCGUCGAGUGGGCAGCAUCUCAACCUUGGUCGUCGGGCAAGGUUGGGCUGCUCGGCGUGAGCUACUAUGCAGGAAGUCAAUGGCGAGUCGCUGCAAGAAAGCCCAAGGGCCUGGCAGCCAUCAUACCGUGGGAAGGCAUGUCUGAUUAUUAUCGUGACAGAUGCCGCCAUGGAGGCAUCUUCUCAAACAACUUUAUCAACUUUUGGUGGAACCGUCAGGUGGUCACAAAUCAGUAUGGUCGCCCGGGCAGGGCGGCUGCCAAUUGGGGAGAAGACACAAUUGAGGGUGACUUGUCGGAAGAAGAACUGUUGGCAAAUCGCCAAGAUCAGAACAUUGACAACGAAAUCAAUCGUUUCAGAGACGAUGAGUACUAUGCUUCAAAAGACUUUGAUCUUUCAGACAUUGAUAUUCCCGUUUUAUCGGUGGCGAACUGGGGUGGUAUCUUGUUGCACCUCAGAGGCAAUGUCCAGGGCUACCUGGGAGUGAGCUCCAAAGACAAGUUCUUGCGAUUCAUUGUUGGUAGACACGAUCUCCCAUUUUACUACAAAGAAGAAGUCGAAAUCCAGAAAAGUUUCUUGGACGCUUAUCUGAAAGGCAAUGAUAGCGCGGGCUGGUCAUCUGGCAAGGUUGCACCAGUAAGCAUCUGCCUUCGUCAGGGCGAUGUGGGAUUCAACAACCCGGAGGCUGAAAAGCGGUUUUCACGCCGCGAGGAAAGUGAAUGGCCCAUUGCCCGAACGCAGUACACAAAGUACCUCCUCUCGGCCGAUGCUGGUCUUUCAAAGGACAUGACACCACAACCAGUUUCGAAAGUCUCAUACAAGGCCCUUGGUUCCCUCCAGCAGCCAUCCCUUGUUCAGUUCACUACCGCCCAAUUUGAUGAGACCACAGAAAUUACGGGCCACGUAACAGCGCAUCUCAACGUCUCUGUCGACAGUUCUGCCAGUCCACUCCCUGAGAGACAGGAUAUCGACAUUUUUGUCACUCUGCGUCAUAUCUCGCCACAAGGUGCCGAGGUAUUUUACACUGGUUCGUCUGGCGACAACGUUCCUGUGUGCAAGGGUUGGCUUCGCGUAAGCCUCCGAAAGGUCAACGCGGAUCAUCCCCAACACCGACACUACCUCCCGUAUCGACAGUACUUUUCCACAGACGUGCAGCCAGUUAUAAAUGGCCAUGUAUACGCCGUAGACGUGGAGUUGUGGCCCACGAAUGUUGUCAUUGACAAGGGUGGCAAAUUGAUCUUUGAAGUCAGCUCGGGUGACACUCAAGGUAGUGGGCUUUUCCAGCACACGAACCCAAAGGACAGGUCCAAGUCCGUUUUUGGCGGCCAGAAUUCGCUGCAUUUCGGCCCCGGUGUUGAGAAUUAUAUCACGCUGCCCAUCAUUCCCCCGAAAUGA